AUGCUGCCCAGCCCCGAAGGGAACAAGGGUGAACCCCCAACCCCGGAGCAGGAGAAGCCGGACCCCAAGAAAGGCAGCCCGGGGGCCCGUGGGGUGCGGGUGGCCGUGCAAGUGCACCGCACGCCAGGAGACAAGGAGACCCCGAAAGACCGACAAAGCGCACAGACCGGAGGGAGCCCGGCAAGGCGCCAACAACCCGUCAGGGCCCCGCGCACCGCGACCCAGCCUCGGGGACAGCGGGACGGAGCCCGCGCCCCUGCCCUCUCCUCUGCCCGCGCCCCUCCAGGCCCCGCCCACGCCCCGCCAUCUCCCUGCCCCUGCCCCGCCCACUACCGCCCCAGGCCCCGCCCCCCGCCCGCGCACACCGCCCACGCCCCUACAGGCCCCGCCCCUCGCCGGCGCCGUCCUCGGCCCCCUCACACCCCUCACACGCCGCCCCCACUCCGCCCUCUCCCUGAGCGCGCCACCUCGGCCCGCCCACCCUCGCCCCAGGCCACCCCGCCCACGCUGUCCAGCCCCACCUACGACUUCCCGGGCCCCGCCCACGAGGUCCCGGCUCCGCCCGCGCCGUCACCACCUCCCGCCCUGAGAGUCCCCGCCCCCUCCCUGCUUCAUACAAUCGUCAGCCCGCCGCCCCGGCCCGCAGCUCUCCGCCGCUCCUCCUACGCCUGA